AAUGGCAAAUAACGGAUGUGUUUUAUUCUUGUUAAUAAGAUCUUAUACAGGAACACUUGUCACCUGCUCACUUUGUUUACAACCGACCUACUGUAUGCGAGUGUACUCUCACUAACACAAAAAACGUUAAAUUACACCAUAACACUUCAACAAAGUUGUUCCAUUGAUUUGUCAAACAGUAUGGCAGAGAAGAUGACACAUAAUGAGCAGGUAGUUCAACGGGCCCGUGAGGCUUAUAUGUCUGGCAAGACCAAAGAUGUUGAAUUUCGGAAGAAACAAUUAAAGGCUCUCAUGCGUAUGUAUGAAGAGAAUGAGGCAGCAUUUUGCAGCGCAUUGGCCAAAGACCUCCAUAAGCCAAAACAAGAAUCAGUUUUGCUGGAACUGAAUCUUCUCAAGGAUGACAUCAGACAUAUUCUUGCCCGGAUCGAUGAGUGGACUAAACCAGAGUCGACGCCAACCAACAUAGUAACCUUAUUUGAUAAGCCUGUGAUUUAUCAUGAUCCCUAUGGUGUUGUCCUCAUUAUGGGUGCUUGGAACUACCCAGUCCAGCUUGCUCUUCUUCCAGUGGCAGGUGCCAUAGCUGCAGGUAACUGUGUCAUCCUCAAACCAUCAGAGGUAUCAUCUACAACUGCUGAAACCAUUGCAGAACUGAUUCCCAAGUAUCUGGAUAAUGAGUGUUUUCAUGUUGUGUGCGGAGGAAUCCCAGAAACUACGGAACUCCUCAAGAGCCGCUUUGACUACAUUUUCUACACAGGAUCACCCCAGGUUGGCAAGAUUGUAAGAGAGGCUGCUAACAAACACUUAACUCCUACCACCCUUGAGUUGGGUGGAAAAAGUCCACUCUACAUUGAUGACAGUGUUGACAUGGACAUAGCUGUACGGCGGAUCAUGUGGGGAAAGUGCAUCAAUGUUGGACAGACCUGCAUUGCACCGGACUAUGUCCUGUGUUCACAGCAAGUGCAGACAAAAUUUGUGGACAAGGCUCGUGAUGUGUUGAAGGAAUGGUAUGGUGAGGACCCAAGGAGUUCUCCUGAUCUCUGCAGGAUUGUAUCUGAUAAACAUGUUGAACGCCUAGCAGAGUACCUCAAGGAUGGUAAGGUUGUGAUUGGUGGGGAUGUGAACAGAGAAGAGAGGUGGAUAUCUCCUACCAUUUUAGUGGAUGUUGAUCCCAAGAGUAAGGUAAUGACGGAAGAAAUAUUUGGACCCAUUCUGCCCAUUGUUAAUGUCGACUCUCCCUAUGAUGCCAUCAAGUUCAUAAAUGAAAGAGAACAUCCCUUGUGUUCCUACAUAUUCACCAGCAACUCCAAGAUCCAACAAGAACUUGUCCAAAAUAUUAGCACUGGCUCUAUUUGUAUUAAUGAUUGUGUUAUCCACUUUUCCAUUCAUGAUUUGCCAUUUGGUGGUAUUGGCAACAGUGGAAUGGGAGCAUAUCAUGGUAAAGCUUCAUAUGACACCUUCACACACCGUAAAUCCUGCCUCAUUCGCAACUACAACAAAAUUGCUGAAACUAUUGGCAAGAGUCGUUACCCGCCAUACAGUGAGAAAAAAACAAAGUUCCUGUCCCAGAUGUUGAGGGAGCAACCUUUCCCCAGCUUAAAGUUUGUGCCAUACCUCAUUGCUUUUGGCCUUGGUGUAGCCUCUGUGUUUGCAUACAAGGGAAUUGCAAAGGAUGGUUUGCGUGAAUGGAUGAGUCAGAGGGUUCGCUCGCCUUUGUGGUUAUUUCGAUCAUCUGAGACCUAAUUCAUAUACAAUACACAAGCCGUUGGUUCUGAUGAAGAUUAGACAAGCAUAAGAAGACCAUCAUUGUUUAUUUUUUAUGAUGUUGGAGAGGAAAUGCAAACAUAAUUAACCUUCAUGUUGGUAGAUUUCAGAAUUUGUUUAUGAUUGACAGAAGAAUAAAACAGUAAGUACAGGGUGUUACAAAAGUCCACCUGUAAUAAUUAACACUACAGUAGUUGUUCAUUGUUAUGUACCAUGCUCUACUUACACAUACUGAACCAUGCAAAGGUUGUAUACCCCCACCGAUGCCUUCAUACAGCACUGCCCUUUAUCUCUAGGGUUAAGUCCAUAUUACAGUGCCAUUAAUUUUUUAUAUAUUAAAUGAAGGACAAAAAUUAUUUCUUCUAAAGCAUUUGAUUUACUUCUUAUAGUGAUGCUUAAAGAUUGAGAGCCUUAACAUUGUGAAUAUAGUCAUCAAAUAAUACUGUGCCUUUAUGGACUUUUGUUAUAGCUGAGUCACUGGAUGAAAAAUCUUCAAUACCUGUAUAUGUAACAGAUUUUUCAUCUAGAAUCAUUUGAUAAUUAAAGUUGGGUAACAACUCGUCACUUUAUGGAAAAGCCUUAAAAUAUUUACUAGUUAUCAUUAUGUACUGGAAAUGGAUAAGAAAUAGUCAAGAGACUACACCAUACCUUUCUCUCUCUCUCUCUCUCUCUUUCCAUAAAAUGGAAUAAAGAUUAGACAUUACAAAUAAGUUGUCAAGUUGAGGUUGUCCAAGGAAUGUAAGGAAGGUGGCCAAAAUAUAGGCAGCCAAGAUUUAUCUUUACACUUGUGCUUUUAAUAAUAUAAUAUAAAUCUGGUUAAGUGGUCUGUCUGUAACUAAGAUUUUGUCAUAAAUUUUUAAAAGGUGCUCCAAGUGACACAUUUAUAGACUGUGUCCUAUAGGCCUCUAGUGUAGGUCCCCUACAACACCCCACCACUCCUAAUUGCAUCUCAAUACACACAAUCACUGUGGAGGCAGUAGUGUACAUUGGUCUCCAUCUCCUAGACCCAGAACCAUCCACCUGGUGGGGUAUAGGAUCUCUUCACCACAGCUAAACCAGAUUUAGAUAAAUGAUUUAUUCUUUUAUAUCCCAUUAACCUGCAUGCAGUUAUCUAUAUAUUCUUAAUAUAGUAAUCAGUUAAAAAUAUACAUAUGGGGCAUGACAAAUUAGAGUGUAUGGAGAAAAUAGGACUUGUUUAUUGAAUAUUUGAAAAAAAAACAUGUAUUUGAAGGUUGUAGAAAAGGUUGUUGUUUCUCAUAUCAAUUCAUGUUCAUCUGAAGCACUGUAGACUGAGUGCACAAAACUUGAUAAAAAUAUUUUGGUCUACGUUAGUAGUUGGUCAUGGAAAAUACAGUAUCUUUAUAUUACUGUAUAUGUUUGUUAGGACAACUAAGUCAUUGGGAAGCUUUAUAUAAUUUAAUUUAACAGUCUUUAUGUUAAAUUAAAUCAUUGUUAUAUUGUAAGGCAGAUUUUAAUAAUGUAGCUAAGAGCCUUUAUAGUAUAAGUACAAAUGAUAUAUUAACAUAGAACCAAUAUACAGUAUGUUGCUAAAAGUUGCUGAUGUUAGUCUUUAUAUAUUUAGUACAUUAUAAUGGGAAGGAUAUGUAUCAUUUUUUACAUUUCUUUAAGCUGAAUUAUAAUAAAAGAACAGAGUUU